AUGAUGGUUCAAAAUGGUGUCAGAGUAGGAGAUUCUUUGUUUGAAUAUGUGGUUCAACACUAUGGAAUUGAGAAACUGUCAUGUAAAAACAUUUAUGGUAGUUUCGUUUUUGACGUGAGAAGCAAAAUGUUCUCUGUAGAGAAGUUAGGUUUUAAUUGUGUUCCUGACAAGUAUGGUUCUUCUAAGGAUUUUAGCAGUGCGCUAGGAGGGAUUAUUGCAAACCAUCCUCGUGGUGAGGGAACAUUUCAAAACAACCACAAUUUGAUGGAGAACAAGAUUGAGGGGGAAUCAGGAGGCAUCAAUUCAUUUUGCUCUGAUGUUGGGUUCUUCCAAGGCAACAUAGCCGAGGAAGAAAUCCAUCGUGAACAACAGCUACAAUUGUUUUCGCAAUUGGGGAGUUUAGAUGAUCUAUAUUUUGAUAUUGUCUCUCCACCAUUGCAACCGUGUCAUGAAGAAUUUCCAAAGCUUGUCGAUGUCCAUUCUGACAGUUCAGAGGUAAUUGAACCCAAGAAUGAAAAUCCGACCAGACUUCCUUCAUUAUCUCUCCAAAUUCUUAACAACUAUGGAAGCAAGUUCAGAUGGUUCAAUGAUUUCUCAUAUUCUUUCCUGCUUCUGAUUGGCAAUGAAACUGGGCAUGCGUUUUGA